AAGGUAUAAUGAAUCUCGAAAAUCUUCCACAAGAAAUGCUGCAUGAGGUAGUUAAGCAUCUGUCGUUCAUGGAACGACUACCACUGCAGAAAUGCUCGAGAAAGAUGAAAUCUGCGACUGAAUCAGCUGUACUUGUAUUCAAUGAAGAAAUUACUUUAACAUACACACCACAUGAAGAUUCUUCACUAAUUGAAACUUAUUUAAUAGAAUUCAAUGGAAUUGUUAUUCGAAUAUAUGAAUCAUCUGUUCCUGGUGAAGUCACUGUUAAUUUCGAAAAAUUGAUGUCAAGAACAAAAAUUGAAACAACUGAAAGAUCUAACUGCCAAGACGUGGCACGGAAGAUUUUCUGCGAAACUUUUCUGAAGGACAAUGUCAUCUGCAACUCUUUCAAGACGAAUCACAUGUUCAAUUCCAACUUUUUGCAAGCUUCCGAGUGUUUGAAUGUCGAGAAUUUUAAACAUUUUCGGUCGGCUAUCGGCGUCGAAAUUAUUGAAUUCGAAAGUAGUCUACCGAUGUGGCUGGUCCAUUUGAAUCCAAAACAUCUCCGGAGUAUUACAGUUUACACAGAUGAAGUAAAAAGCUCGAUCGCUGAUUCAUUGAAAAAGUUGAAAAACCUCACAACUUUGUACAUCCUGAGGAAAACGGAUUUGAAUGAUGAUGUAUUGAUGACUACGAACGCAACGGAUAUUGAGAUUGAAUCGUGUGAUAUUACUUUUAACGGAGUCAAUUAUAUUAUAAAGAAAUGGAUUGCACAAAAAGUGCCAGUUGGAACUCGAUUUGUUGCCUAUGUCACUGAUCCAAAACGAUUUCCUUUACAUGAACUGAUUAAAGAUGCCAGAUGUACCACAUUGGUCUCAGUAGGAAAAGCUAUAAUUCCUAUUUCUUCUGACAGGUUUCUACAAGUUUCUAUUGAUAACUCAACAGUUCAUGUGGAGUGUAUGAAGAAGCGAAUGGUACAGUAAUCUUUGAAAUCCUUGAAAUUUAUUUAUAAUCUCAUUCAAUAAAUUUUUUAAAAUUGUU